UUUGUUUUCAGGUGAGGGCUCCUAUGUUUAAUGCUGCACUUGGCAUGCAUGAAGCAGACCUCUUUAAGCCAUCUGCUACCCUGAUCAGUUUCAUCUACCCGGCUCAAAAUGCAGACCUUCUGAGCAAGCUGUCAGAGAGAAACCUGACUGUCUUGGCCAUGGAUCAGGUUCCGCGGGUGACCAUCGCUCAGGGAUACGAUGCGCUCAGCUCCAUGGCUAACAUUGCUGGCUACAAAGCGGUUGUGCUCGCAGCCAAUAAUUUCGGCCGUUUCUUCACGGGGCAGAUCACAGCAGCUGGCAAAGUCCCUCCAGCUAAGGUUCUGAUCAUUGGAGGCGGAGUUGCUGGAUUAGCGUCAGCGGGAGCAGCCAAGUCAAUGGGAGCAGUAGUUCGUGGGUUUGAUACCAGAGCUGCAGCGCUGGAGCAAUUCAAAUCACUUGGUGCCGAACCUUUAGAGGUAGACUUAAAAGAAUCUGGGGAAGGACACGGAGGCUAUGCGAAGGAGAUGUCCAAGGAGUUCAUUGAGGCCGAAAUGAAACUCUUUGCCAAACAGUGCGAGGAAGUUGACAUUAUUAUCACAACAGCACUCAUACCUGGUAAAAAAGCUCCUACACUGUUUAGGAAAGAUAUGAUUGAGUUGAUGAAAGAAGGCUCAGUUGUUGUAGAUCUAGCUGCUGAAGCAGGGGGGAACAUUGAAACUACCAAACCAGGAGAGCUCUACGUUCACAAGGGAAUUACCCACAUAGGUUAUACAGAUCUCCCCAGCCGAAUGGCUACCCAAGCCAGCUCACUCUAUUCCAAUAACAUCACCAAGCUGCUAAAGGCCAUCAGUCCGGACACAGAGAACUUCUACUUUGACCUGAAGGAUGAAUUUGAUUAUGGUACUUUGGGCCAUGUUGUUAGAGGCACAGUGGUAAUGAAGGAUGGAAAGGUGAUUUUCCCAGCACCCCCUCCAAAACUUAUUCCUCAAGAGGCACCGGUGAAGCGGAAGACAGUGGCAGAGCUGGAAGCCGAAAAAGCAGCCACCAUUACGCCUUUUCGGAAAACCAUGACUUCCGCAUCUGCGUACACAGCGGGUCUUGGCACCGUGCUCGGAUUGGGCAUCGCUGCUCCCAAUUCCGCUUUCACUCAGAUGGUAACCACGUUUGGCUUGGCUGGAAUCGUUGGGUACCACACCGUGUGGGGCGUGACCCCUGCGCUCCACUCGCCCCUCAUGUCUGUGACCAACGCCAUCUCAGGGUUGACUGCUGUUGGUGGAUUGGCACUGAUGGGGGGGAAAUACCUCCCUGAAAAUGUCCCUCAAAGUCUUGCUGUUCUUGCUGCUUUUGUGUCUUCCGUCAACAUUGCAGGUGGUUUCCUGGUCACACAGAGAAUGCUGGAUAUGUUCAAACGGCCCACUGAUCCUCCAGAGUACAAUUAUUUAUAUCUGUUGCCUGCUGGUACAUUCGUAGGGGGAUAUGCAGCAGCUCUCCAAAGUGGCUAUAAUGUUGAACAGAUGAUGUACCUAGGUUCAGGCCUGUGCUGCGUCGGUGCCCUAGCUGGGCUGUCCACUCAAGGGACUUCUCGACUCGGCAAUACUUUAGGCAUGAUGGGCGUGGCUGGAGGCUUGGCUGCUACCCUUGGAGGCCUGAAACCAUCUCCUGAAUUGCUGGCUCAGAUGUCAGGCGCGAUGGCCGUCGGGGGUACCAUUGGUCUGACAAUCGCUAAACGUAUCCAGAUUUCAGAUUUACCUCAGUUAGUGGCUGCUUUUCAUAGCUUGGUUGGCCUGGCCGCAGUCCUUACGUGUGUAGCAGAGUACAUGAUUGAGUAUCCCCACUUCGCCACCAACGAAGCAGCAAACCUCACCAAGAUCGUUGCUUAUCUCGGCACGUAUAUUGGAGGAGUAACCUUCAGCGGUUCUCUGAUUGCUUAUGGAAAGCUACAAGGUGUUCUGAAUUCCGCCCCACUCCUCUUGCCGGGUCGACACUUAAUGAACGCUGGUUUGCUAACGGCAAGCAUAGGCGGAAUGAUUCCCUACAUGAUUGAUCCUAGUUACACUACAGGAUUGACUUGUUUGGGGUCUGUUUCAGCUCUGUCUGCUGUCAUGGGUGUAACUUUGACAGCAGCCAUAGGAGGGGCGGACAUGCCGGUCGUCAUUACUGUACUGAACAGCUAUUCCGGGUGGGCACUGUGUGCCGAGGGAUUCCUGCUGAACAACAACUUGCUAACAAUUGUGGGCGCUUUGAUUGGUUCCUCUGGUGCUAUUCUCUCUUACAUCAUGUGUGUGGCCAUGAACCGUUCCCUUGCUAAUGUGAUCCUGGGUGGAUACGGUACAACUUCAACAGCUGGCGGGAAGCCAAUGGAAAUCUCUGGCACUCACACAGAAGUGAAUGUGGAUAAUGCAGUUGACAUGAUCAAGGAAGCCAACAAUAUUAUCAUCACUCCAGGUUACGGUCUGUGUGCUGCCAAAGCACAAUACCCAAUUGCUGAUUUGGUAAAAAUGCUGAUAGAGAAGGGCAAGAACGUGAGAUUUGGCAUUCAUCCUGUGGCUGGUCGUAUGCCUGGCCAACUAAACGUCCUCCUUGCAGAAGCCGGAGUCCCUUACGACAUUGUUCUAGAAAUGGAUGAGAUCAACCAUGACUUCCCAGACACAGACCUGGCCCUUGUUAUCGGAGCUAAUGACACAGUGAACUCAGCUGCCCAGGAAGACCCAAAUUCUAUCAUUGCGGGGAUGCCCGUUCUGGAAGUUUGGAAGGCAAAGCAGGUUAUUGUUAUGAAGAGAUCUCUGGGCGUUGGCUAUGCAGCUGUGGAUAAUCCAAUAUUUUACAAGCCCAAUACUGCCAUGCUCCUAGGAGAUGCUAAGAAGACCUGUGAUGCCCUACAGGCCAAAGUGAGAGACACCUUGCAGAACUGAAUGCCUUCUGUUUGAAGAAAAGCCUAUUGUUUGGCCGGCGUGAACAAAAACUCUCCAAGUGUUGCUAUACAUCAAGGUUUAAAACAGGGGUCUCCAACCUACGGCCCUUCAGAUGUUCAUGGACUAUGAUUCCCAUCAGCCCUGCCAGUUGACCAUGCUGGCAGGGGCUGAUGGGAAUUGUAAUCAAUGAAUAUCUGGAGGGCCAUAGGUUGGAGACCCCUGGAAAAGAUAGUGAAAUGAAAGUUUAGAGAGAAGCAAAGAUCCAGGAACAAAAUGAAAAUGUUUGUAAGUGUGUAAGAAAUCAAGCAACGGAAUGGAAGGUUAUGAAACCACAAUCUGGAAUAAUUCUGUUUUUGAAUGCAGUGCAUUUCAGAGGAAUUGUUCCUUGGUAGCUGCAUGUGUAAUACAAGGACACUCAGGAAUUUGGGGAAGGGGAUCUGUCCAUUUAGUGUGACCUAAAAAAAGUUGCUGCCAUUUAAAAAAAAUUAUUUGGCUUCUCUUCUCACUAUUGGUUUUUAGUUAAUACAGAAUUUAAUUUGGCUGAUUUUUUUUUUUUCAUCGUCACAUUUUCAUCUUGGACUUCAUCUUGGAUGUUUAAAUUUUUACUGUACUUGCAACCUUUGAAAACUUCGGGUGGGUACUUUUGAAAUGAGUUUUUAUACAUUUCAGAGUCAUUGUGUGAAGAUGCUGGAAAUGGGCACUUAUUUGUCCAACAAACUUCCAAUGCUGGAAAAAAGGGAUUCAAUUUGAGAGUUUAUCCAAAAUACUGUUUAAAAUAAAUCAUGUGGACAAUACGGAAACCCAAUACACUUUAGGAAGAGAGAGAUUAAUGGAUUACUAGUCUUCCUUUUCAACCUAUUCAGUAUACAUAUCGAAAGUCUGCUUCUCAGUGGUAAAUCAGUUUGUUUUACAGCUUCCAGUGCGGCUUUCAUUAUGUUUAGUACACUCAAGUAGAACUCAAAUGUUUGACUAACAAAAUGAACUUGUCAUGUUUUGCGUAAUGAUGUAGCAACCGCUUGAGGUGACAUGGGCAAAAUAAAUAACUGGGCUUGUGUGAGGAAGCUUUAACAUCUGGGAAAGGCAGACUACGGCAUCGUGAUUAAAACUAAGCCCAACUUCACUGUUUGUUGAAUCCUGAUCUUUAUCAGAACCUUCUAAUUUAAUAGCAGAUGAAAACUGUCCGUUUAGCUACCUCCUGUUUUUUGUAUGGCAAGGAUCCCAUACUCUAAACAGCCAGAAGUGGCGGUGGGCUAAAUCCAGCAGUGAGCUUCCGAGUCCACUGAUCCAAUGGGAAUAUGUGCUUUCUCAGUUCCUAUUAAUUUUGCUGGAACUUCUGCAGAAGCAGCACUCUGAUAGCUUGUGCUGAGCAGCACGGAUUCAACCAGGGUGGACUUUGCAGGAUUUCUGAACUCCCCCCUCCUUCUGCAGCCAACUUUGUUCCACACUGGGGGAUAUCAGCAGACUCUGAGGUGCAGCAUAGGGGUAUUCAGCAUGCGGGGGCAGUUGGCUGGAAUCAGCUCCCUUGUCUACAAACAGAAAUGCUUUUCUAUUGGAGGAACAGUGUGGUUGGCUACAUACAUACAUCCUGUUGCUCAUCAGGAAGCGCUUAACAGGUUGUUCCGCAGCAUAUGAACAUUUGAGCCACAAUAUUGUAAUGUAAGACUUUGGGCAGCUAUAUUUCGGUAGGACCUGCUUGGGACCUGCAUUUGGUUGUAUGGAUACUGUAUGUUUCUGUGCAACUUAGAUGUGAAACGUGGCUAAGAAGAGGAGCACCAGUUAUGUUAGACUUGGAACGUUGAAGGCUGCAGCGUUCAACUGGUUUUAAAAUGGCUCUCUUCCUUUUAGUUUGGAUAAAUCAAGUGGUUUGUAAGUGGACCAGAAGUACUAUUGUUAACUUUAGAAACUGUGUUUAUAUUAUGAAACUUGAGAGAAUUAUUAAAAAAAAAUAAAGCUAACAAAAUUCCAA